AUGUCCUUCACAUUCCUCCCUCUGCGCAGCAGUUCAGCUGCUCCUGCCCUUCCUCCCUCCACCCCAGCCACACGGGCCUCUUUCAGGGCUUUCAGCACACCUUGUUCUGCCUGUCAUCCAGCUUUGGCCUGGGCUGUCCCAUCUACUGUUCCCUCACACUUCACCUGGCUCAUGCUGGUUCAUCUUGCAGGACUCAAAUUACAUGUCAUUUUCCCCGGGAAAUCUCCCCUCGUCAUUUUUGGGGACCUCUCACCAUUCAUCACACUAUAUUGUAACUGUCCAUCUAGAGUUCUGUCUCCCCAGUACCUGGGAGCCACUGGAAGACUGACGGGCUCUAGCCCACUCUUGUAUUCCCAGCACCUGUGCCUGGCACACAGUAAGUGCUUAAUGUUUGUUGCUUAG